AUGGAUCGUCUCCCACCCGGCGCCGAUUGGGCAGAGGCAGACGGACCGGAGGCUUGGGCAGGGCGGACAGGAAGAAUGACUGAUCGGAUGUAUGCUGCUCAGUAUUUUUCUCAAAUAUCAGAGCUGCUUAGGAGACUACCGCGUGUAAUUUUACUAAUGUUGAAGACUAAUGACUGUUUAAGAUCUGUCAAUCAUACCCUGCUGAGUGUUGUCAGUAGAUCUGAUGGACCACUUCCCUUGAUAGUUUUCAUCAAUAGCUUCCAUGCCUCUUUGUUCUCUGUUUCCCACAUGAUUCAUUAUCUUCUGAUAUUGUUAUUUUUAAUUUCUGUUGGAGGAGCACCAAUUGAUGCUGAGGUGAAGCAAUUUCCUGGAUUCGAUGGUGAAUUUCCUUCUAAACACUAUGCCGGGUACAUAGGUUUAGGGGAUGAAGAACACAAGAGACAUAUGUAUUAUUAUUUUGCAACUUCAAAAAGAAAUCCUUCAGAAGAUCCAAUAACACUAUGGCUAACAGGUGGCCCUGGUUGUUCUGGACUUGAUGCACUUGCACAUCUUGUUGGUCCUUUUGAGGUAGUGCCUGAUACAUUUCACUACACAAAGCAACCGAAAACUAGGCUAAGUCCCUACUCAUGGACUAAGGUUUCUAGCAUUCUUUCCGUGGAUUCUCCAGUAGGAACUGGAUACUCAUAUGCUGAAAACGCUGAUGACUAUAUUACCAACGAUGAUAAAACAGUAUCUGAUUUGUAUGAUUUUCUAAUAAAGUGGUAUUCUGAGUACCCUGAGUUCCUUCCCAAUCCUAUUUUUUUGGCAGCCUGCUCGUAUACUGGAGUCAUUGUGCCACCAUUAGCCCAAGAAAUUGCAAAAGGAAUAGAAUCCGGUAAAGAACCAAGGAUAAACUUAAAGGGCUACACAAUAGGCAAUGGAGCAUAUGAUGUCGACUCCGAAAGAAGUGCUAUGGUGCCAUUUGCAAACAGAAUAGGGCUAAUCUCAGAUGAACACUACCAGGACUUGGCUAGUUCUUGCCAAGGCAAAUAUGUUGACAACGACGAUCCUGAAUGCUUGAAGAACAUGGAAAAUUUUCAGUCGCACAUUGAAAGUAUCAACCCUUUCCAUGUCCUUUGCUUGCGGUGCCAUUUCGACAUGGCAGUGAACAUGGACUCCUAUGAACAUGACUCUCUCAAGAUGUACCAGGCCAUUCAUGGUGCAAGUCCCUUUAAUGAAGAGUGCCAUGGUUAUGAACUAACCUCAGAAAGAUUGUUUGAAUCUGAAAAUUCAAGACGAAUCGUAAACGCUGCUCCUAGGGAAGUGACUGGGCAAUGGAUUAGAUGCACGAAACGGAUAAACUACGAGAGAACAGUGUUGAGUACCAUGGAGUAUCAUUUGAACCUAACAAAGAAAGGAUACAAAGGGUUCAUCUACAAUGGGGAUCAUGACUUGGUGUUUCCAUAUACUGGACAACUCCAAUGGCUGAAAUCAUUCAACUAUUCUGUCAUCAACAAAUGGCAUCCCUGGACGGUUGAUGGCAGCAUUGCUGGGUAUGCUGUAGAAUUUGAAAACAACCUUUGCUUCGCCACAUUCAAGGGUGGCGGCCACACUGUGACUGAGAACAUGCCACAUGAGGCACUGGUGGCUAUUGAGAGGUGGCUUGGUGGUGCUUCUUGCCUUUGA